GCUCAGGAUUAUGGGAGGGAAGGGAAGUCCAGGAGGGAAAAAUGACCCGGAAAGACCUUUGCCGGCCUGGGCCAGCCCUCUUCCGGAGCUGAUGUCUCCUCCCACCAACCAGGAGAGGUCCGCCCUAGGCCCCGCCCGUGCCGGAGGAUCAGGUGAUUGCGGGCCAACGCGGUCACGUGACCGGGGCGCACCCGCCGAUUGUGGCCAUGGCGGCCGCAGUCUCUAGUGUGGUGAGACGAGUGGAAGAGCUCGGGGAUCUGGCUCAGGCCCACAUACAGCAACUUAGCGAAGCUGCCGGUGAAGAUGAUCACUUUUUAAUUCGGGCCUCUGCAGCAUUAGAAAAAUUGAAACUCCUGUGUGGAGAAGAGAAAGAAUGUACAAAUCCAUCAAAUCUUCUAGAACUUUACACACAGGCUAUUUUGGACAUGACAUAUUUUGAGGAGAACAAGCUAGUAGAUGAAGAUUUUCCUGAAGACUCUUCUUCACAGAAAGUAAAAGAGCUGAUUAGUUUUCUUUCAGAACCAGAAAUUUUAGUAAAGGAAAAUAAUAUGCAUCCAAAACACUGCAAUUUGCUUGGGGAUGAGCUACUGGAAUGUCUCUCUUGGAGACGAGGAGCCCUGCUGUAUAUGUAUUGUCAUUCUCUUACCAAAAGAAGAGAGUGGCUCUUAAGAAAAUCCAGUUUGCUUAAAAAGUACCUUCUUGAUGGAAUCAGUUACUUGCUACAGAUGCUAAAUUAUCGAUGUCCUAUCCAGUUAAAUGAAGGAGUUUCUUUCCAAGACCUAGACACAGCUAAAUUACUGAGUGCAGGAAUAUUUAGUGACAUUCAUCUGCUGGCUAUGAUGUACAGUGGAGAAAUGUGUUAUUGGGGAUCGAAGUAUUGUGCUGAUCAGCAACCAGAAAAUCAUGAAGUGGAUACUAGUGUUUCUGGAGCAGGCUCUACUACAUACAAAGAACCCUUGGAUUUCCGAGAAGUAGGAGAAAAAAUCUUGAAAAAGUAUGUAUCUGUGUGUGAAGGACCCCUGAAAGAACAAGAAUGGAAUACAACGAAUGCAAAACAAAUUUUAAACUUCUUUCAUCAUCGCUGUAACUAGUAAGUUCAUCUAGUCCUUUUCAAAUAGAAAAACAACAAAACCCAUGAAAUGGAAAAGAGAGUUCCAAAAAAGAAGACCUGUUGAUACUGAAUAUGAGAACAUUACACUGCAUAAAGAUAUCCAGCUUGGGUACCCUACUAAAACAACAUCACCAUCUUUUUCAUUAUAUAUUAGUAAACCUAUGAAGGGAUGAUUCUUUAAUUUCUAAAAUGUUGUUCAAACUCACCUUAAAAUACAGAUGUUAUGUCACUAAUAAUGAGUAGUAACCCAAUUUAGCUUUACAAAGAUUUUUUCUAUUACUUUAUUUUUUUUACUGUGGUAUAUGUAACACUAGUUUACCAUUUUUAUCAUCUUUAGAUUAUUUUUUAAUCUCACUACCUUGAAGUUUGCCAUGCUUCAGAAAUUAAAGUCAAGUUACUUCACUGCUUUGAAUACAUACUAUGGAUAUAAAUGUAGGCAAAAUGAAAGAUUAUGACUAAUAUUCAGAUUCCAUUUUCAAUAAGGUAAAUAAUGAAAGAUCUCAUAAAGGAAUCAUUGUGUUUAAUUAUUUUGCCAUGUAUUACUAAUUGUAUUUAAAAUUUCUACUUUCCUUAGGCAUUUUAUAAAAAUUUAAAAAUUAUUUUUCUAUUUUGUUUAAAAGAAAAUGCAUGGCUUUUCAAGUGAGUAAUGAAGAUAAAAACCAAGUUAGUUUAGUCUACCAUUAGUUCAUAUGUUUUUGUAGCACAUCUUUUCAUAACAUUGAAAUUUUAAUGUUUUUUGCCUUUAAUAAUAGGGGUGAGUGUUAAAGGCCAGAGAGCCUAACUUGAUAUCUUGCUCAUGGUCUUUCUGUCUACCUCAACUCCUGUUGUCAUCUUUGGAUGAUCUUUCUGAUACCUUGCUGAUACCUUGGACUUCUGCCCAGUGACUUUAUUACAUUCCAGCAGCUUACUCCCGUGGCCGCACUUUGAAUGUCACCAUCUUGAGUUUCUCUUUCUAGUAAAAUUUCAGUAACUGAUAACUGCCCUCUUUUCAGUUUUUUCACUUCCUUAUUUUAUUGACUUUUCUCUCCUUUAUGUUCAUUCCACAUUCUUCAGUUCCUUCUUACCCCCUUUUCUUGACUGCUCCCCUUCCUCCUAAACUGUCAGCCCCUUUCAGGCUUUCUUCCCUAUCCACCCUUAGCUUUAUGGGACAUUAUAUGAACUAAUCUCACCAGUUAUUCUUCUUUCCCUGGUCUUUUAGUCUAGUCCUUCGGUAAGCCCUCGACCUUAGAUUAAUCUUAUUUAUUAUCCACCUUUUCUGGGAUGCUGAGUUCUUUGUGAUGGGUAGUCCUUCAAAGUAGAAUCACUACAAGUGUCUCACUUCAGCCUUAGAAAAGCCCUCAAUGUAAACCUUAUGUUUGUUACUAGGGUGGCCUCUCUCCCAUUUCCCGCUGUGGCUGAGCCAAACUUCAUUACUUUCCUUAGGCCCUCUGCCCCUCCCCUAGCAUAUGGCUCUUUCUCCUAUUGAACAGAAAAUUGAGACUAUGAAGAGGUCAACUUGUAUUUACCAACUUUACUCAUUUUCCCGUUUUAGAGGAAAAGAGGUUGCCUGCUUCCUAUCAAAGGCGACUCUGUGCUACAUGUUGGUUUCAUCUUCGCUGUCUCCCUCAUUUCCCCACAAAGUGUUGUCUCACUUUCUGCCUACCUUUUAGGUAUUGAUCUUCACUAUAUUUUUCUCUCUCUCUCUCUUUUUUUUUUUUUUUACUUUACAUUGUCAUUCAUAACUAUGGCUUCUUUUACCACCUGUAAUAACAGACUGAGUCUCAAACCUGUAACUUGUAUCCUGACUUAUCUCUUGCUUUCUAAACCUUGUUUCUAACUGUCUAUCAAAUAUCUUCAUUAGACAUCCCACAGUAAUUUUAAACUCAGUGUUUCCAAACAUCAGGUCCUCAUCUGUUAUAUAAAAUCCUUUCUGCUUUGUAAGUUUUCUCUUUUUGGGAUUUUCUGCAGAUCAGGGCAACACAGAAUGGCUACCUUCCCAGCCAUGUCUCUGCAGUCAUCCUGUGUAAUCAUGUUCUAGUCCAGUGUUGCUCAAACAGUUAAAAUCCAGGCUGCUUUUGGUAAACAUACAAAUUCUGAUAUAGAGCCUUUGUGGCAAAGGGAAUCUCUCAGUUCCUGCCCCAGCCCCCUUGCUUAUCGUUACACAGCUAAGAUUUUUAUUUAACUUAGCAUUUUAGCAAGUUUUCUUAUGAAAAUACCUUUGUGCUUUCUAAGUAUAAAGAUUUAAAUUAUUUUUAAUACGGUUUUUAGAACCACAGACUAUCCCUCUUUUUAGAGCAUCCUGAUCAAUUGCAAGUACUUCCACUUCUUCCCUAAAUGUGCUUUGUAUGUUUUCCACCUUAGUAGCCUUGCACACAUCAUUACUUCUACAUCCUUCUUUGUGACCAAGUGAAUACCUACCUACCUCUUAGGACUCAGCUUCAGUGAUUCUGUUUUCAUAGGCUUUUUAAAGCCCUUUUCAGUCAAAUUAGACGCUCCUUUGUUCUGGUGCUUUACUCUUCCCCUCCCAUGUUGUCGCACUGAUCACACUGCUUUGUAAUUAUUUCCUUUAUUGUUAGUAAACUCCAUAUUUUAAAAAUUUACCUGUAUACAUAGUGCUUAAUGCAUGGUAGGCCCUUAGUAAUGUUUUUGAAUUAAUGAGGCAUGAUUCUAAAUGCCAAACUUUGCACAAAAAGUUGUUGCUAUUGGAUUCCAAACUGCUAUGCCCUCUAUACCAGUGGCUGACAAGGCAUAUAGGGAUAUAUGUCAUCCUGAGAGGAGUAAAGUGUUUAGAUUCUGAACCUGAGAAAAGAGAACUUUCUCUUAAGAAGUUGGAAACUUCAUUUUACCUUCAUGACCCUGGUAGACCACUUGGUCUCACUGGUUGGUACAAUUAUGAGGGUAGUACUGGGUGCUUUUUAUACAGCUUUCCAUCCCUCACACAGUUGGAGAAUAAUUUGUAGACCAUAGCAGUUAAAAUGCUUUUUACUCUGGUGUAUUAUAGAAUAAUGAACACAUUUUUAUAUAUGUUAAAGCCUGCUAAAUCAUUCACUUAGAAUGAAGUAACCUCAAGGUACCAAAUACCCCACAUAAGGAAAGUACUACACUAAAUUCAUUCAACUAUUGUAUGCCUACCAUAUGCCAGAUUUUAUCCUAGACCCUGAGGAUAUAGCUUUUUAAAACCCCCUCCUGUUUCAGAGCUUAUAUUCUAGUGGAGGAAGUUAGACAAAGCAUUUUAAGUAAUAAAUGUAUAGAGAGUGUCAAGUGAUGAGUACCAUGAAGAAGAAUAAAUGAGGGUAAGGGGCUAGUGUGAUAGGGAGAGAGGUGGGAUGCCAUCAUAUUUAGGGGUGGUUGGGAACUGUCUACUGCUUUAGCAUUUGUGUCUUCAAAUUUCUCUCCUUUGGUUAUAUACCUUGUAUAUUCCGCACAUUCAUAAAGUUUCUUUCUUACGGAAGUUCUGAUAUUGAAUUAAGGAAUGGGUCACUACUUAAGACUUUAUCAUUUCAGCUACACAUAAAAGGUUUCUCUCCCCUAUGGAUUUUGCUAAUAGUUGAGUGAUACCUAAAGGCCUUGUUGCAUUUUUUACACUUGGGGUUUCUCUUCGGUUUGAAUUCUCUCAUGGUUACCAAAACUCUGUUAAAGGACUUUUCACAGUCAUUAAAUGUGUAUGGCUCUUUCCCAAUAUGAAUUUUUUUGAUGUUAACUAGGCUUUUAGACUUAGUUAAAGACCUGUGUGCUCUGCUGCAUUUAUAGGGUUUUGGGCUACUGAGAAUAAUUGAUGCUGAUUAAGGUGCAAAUCAUGACUAAAGACUUUUCUUUCUUCUUUUGCAUAUAGUAGAGUGAGGUGAGGGUCGUGGCUAAAACCCCACAAUAACAUUACAUUCCUAGCUUUACAGUCUUGCUGUGAAUUCUCUGGUGUUCAUUAAAGUGUGAGCUGUGUUAAAAGGCAUUCUUAGAUUCAUUUUAACCCCAUUUUUAAAAACUCACAGUUGGUUAACAUGAUGGUUUCAGAUUGCUUGCCUCUUUUCUCUUUCUACCUUACAGGGCUCCUUUUCUAGCUUAAAUAAGGGUACUCCAUCUGCCACAGAAUCCAGGAUUCUAUAGUUUUUUAGUUUCACUUCCCUAUGUUCUUUUUUUUUUAAUUUUUAACAAUGAGAUGAUACCAUGUUACAGUGGUAUUACAUUAAGAUACAUUUAAUAUAGCCACAAUUAAAGUAUGUAUUAUGUAUUUAUGCUGGUGUUCUUUCAUGUUAUUUCCUCUAGUGAAAAUUUCCAAGUAAACUGUUUUUGAGCAUAUACAUUUUUAAAAAAAUAAAACCAUACACCCCUA